AUGUGGUACCAGGACAACAACCUCUCCAUCAAUGUGAGCAAGACAAACGAGUUGAUCGUGGACUACAGGAAAAAGCGGGCCGAACAGUUCCCCAUUAACAUUGACGGGGCUGUAGUGGAGCGGGAGUUUCAAAUGGCCACCCAGACUUUUUACAUCUCCCCAAUUUCAUGUAUCCAAUUAUUAGUAGUUACUAUCUUGUCUCAUCGCUACAACUCCCGUACGGGCUCGGGAGAGACAAAGGUUGAAAGUCACCCGAUACACCCAACCAAGCCGCCCUGCUUCUUAACACAGCGCGCAUCCAUCCCGGAAGCCAGCCGCACCAAUGUGCUGUGUUGUGUGACUGACUCCUCUUCUCUCUGUCACAGUAACAUCCCCAGUGUGGGCAGUGCCAUGGACCAGGACUACAGCCAGAGUUACACACCCCAGACCCAUACUCCCUUCAUGUCCAACAGUGCCCCCCCCAGCAACAGUGGUACGGGCAUCCUGCCCUCACCGGCCACCCCGCGCUUCCCCGCCCCCACACCACGCACUCCCCGUACCCCACGCACCCCCAGAGGGCCCGCCAGUGUCCAGGGCUCACUUAAGUAUGAGAACUCGGACCUCUACUCGCCUGCCUCCACCCCCUCCACCUGUCGACCUCUCAACUCAGUGGAACCUGCCACCGUGCCCUCCAUCCCCGAGGCCCACAGCCUCUACGUCACCCUCAUCCUCUCUGAGUCCGUCAUGAACCUCUUCAAGGACUGCAACUUCGACAGCUGCUGCAUCUGCGUGUGCAACAUGAACAUCAAGGGGGCCGACGUGGGGGUGUACCUGAGCGACCCCACGGGAGAGGCCCAGUACCCCUGCACCUGCGGCUUCAGCGCUGUGGUCAACCGCCGCUAUGGCAACGGCUCGGGCCUCUUCCUGGAGGACGAGCUGGACAUCAUCGGACGCGACUCGGACGUCAGCCGCGAGGCGGAGAAGCGCUUCGAGGCGCUGCGGCAACACUCGCUGGAGAGGACAGGGGGAGGAGGGAGGGGGGAGAGGGUACCAGACGAACUGAUCUUACUGCUACAGGACCAGUGCACCAACCCCUUCUCUCCCAUGGCUGGGAUGGAGCCUGACAUCCUGGCAGCGCGGGGGCCCGGGGGUUGUGCAGUGCCGGCCUGUGUGAGGGUGGAGGAGAGGGACUACCACAGUGACUGCUACAUGGCUCUGGAGCACGGCCGCCAGUUCAUGGACAACAUGUCAGGAGGAAAGGUGGACGAGGCCCUGGUCAAGAGUACUUGUCUACACCACUGGUCCAAACAAAACGCGGUGGACAUCAGUGCUCUGUGCUCUCAGGACGUGUUGCGGGUGCUGCUCUCCCUCCAGCCUGUACUCCAGGAUGCCAUCCAGAAGAAGAGGACGGUGCGCUCCUGGGGCGUUCAGGGACCCCUCACCUGGCAGCAGUUCCACAAGAUGGCUGGACGGGGCUCCUACGGCACAGAUGAGUCUCCAGAGCCCCUGCCCAUCCCUACCUUCCUGGUGGGUUAUGAGUAUGACUUUGUGGUGCUGUCGCCCUUCGGCCUGCCCUACUGGGAGAAGCUGCUGCUGGACCCCUUUGGCUCCCACAGGGACGUGGGCUACCUAGUGGUCUGUCCCGACAACGAGGCCCUGCUCCAGGGGGCUAAGAGCUUCUUCAGGGACCUCACCGCCGUCUACGAGUCAUGUCGUCUGGGCCAGCACCAGCCAAUCUCAAAAGGUCACCCGGACGGCAUCGUGAGAGUGGGCGGAUCGGCUGCUAAGAAGCUAGCGGAGCAGCCCGUCAGCGAUUGGUUCAUCAAGGCUGCCAGCAGCAACAGCGAUGCCUUCGCCAAACUCAAGCUCUAUGCACAAGUCUGCCGCCACGACCUCGCUCCAUACCUCGCCGCACAGCCUUUAGACAGCUCCCUCCUCACACAGCCCACACCCCCUCCUGCCACCAACCAAUGCUCAUCCACACAAUCCUCUGGCUCCUCCUCCACCACCUCUGCUUGCCCCCAAAACUCAGCGACCCCCUCCCUCCCCAACAACAACAGCAGCAGCGUGCCUAGUAACAACACCGGUGUAGCCAACAGUGCCAACAGCACAGCGUCGUCAGGGAGCCAACCCAGCAGCGGGCUGCAGUCUGCCAAGCCCAACUCCUUCCCUCCCUUUGGGACCAUGAGCAUGCAGAACCAGGGCCAGGGUGGUGGCACCCAGGGAGGGCAGCUGGGCCAACAGGCUGGAGCCCAGAACGCAGGCCUCACCGGGGUGGACUCAGCCAGCCAGGCCCAGUCACCCACUGAACCCCUUGAGAGUACAAUGGAGCGAGAGAAGGUGGGUGUGCCGACGGAUGGAGAAUCUCAUGCCAUAACGUACCCCCCGGCCAUCGUGGUGUACAUCGUGGACCCCUUCACCUAUGAGGAGCCUGAGGCGGGGUCCAGUGUGUGGACCCUGGGCCUGCUGCGCUGCCACCUGGAGAUGCUUCAGUUCCUCUCCACCUCACACAAUCU